AUGAACGACAUGGACGAGGCCAUCAUUCGAGCCAUCAAGCAAGGGUCUGCUCCAGGGCAACCAGAUAGCGAGCCUUUCCGCAUGGGCUCGGAUAUUGACUCUGAUGAGAACUUGAGCGAAGACGAAGCCAAUGCCGCCAACCUAAACUCACAACCAGUGGAUCCAGACAUGGCUCGUCUGCUUGAAGAUAGUGCUAUCCGUCAAAAACUGGGUGUUGGUGGAAACUUUACAGGCCCAAAAGGUGUCGUCAACGACUACAAGUUUCAUAAACGUCAAGAGCAAGCUCGAGCUGCUGCACGUCAGCAAGCCAACGAAAAGAAAUGGUCUGACCAAGCCCUUUCAACUGGAUGGAUGCAACGACAGAUUCUUGGGGAAAAGAAUGCAACGUCGGACCCCCAACUAGAGAUUGACCAUCACUCGUUGGGUAGUGGGACGCUUCAACAUUCAACAGAUGUGCUAGAUGAGCUUGAGGAUGAUGAUGAAUAUAUCAAAGAGUAUCGUGCACGUCGAUUGCUGGAACUCAAAUCUCAAGCUAUGCGACCUCAUUUCUCUACUGUAUACAAUCUACAGCAAGAGGAUUACGUUGAUGUGAUUGACAAUGAAGAUCCAUUGGUCACUGUUGUCAUACAUCUCUACAAAUCCACUCACGAUGCAUGUCGUCAAGUCAAUACAUUUCUUGAUCAUUUGGCAACAUCAUAUCCUACCAUCAAAUUUGCCAAAAUUGUAUCUACUGUAGCGGAUGAAUCGUUUGACGAUGUUGCUUUACCAGCUCUGUUGGUGUAUCGGGCUGGAGCGCUCACACACACGUUGUUGCGAAUGACAGAUGAGAUUACUGGAUGGGAACGAACGGGAAGAGUGUCGUUUGAAGACUUUGAAGCAUAUUUGUGGGAUAUGGGCGUGUUGAAAAACUCGGACAGUUCAUUAGAAAAGAGUUUAUGUAGACUUACAAUGUGA